UUUCCUGUUUACUACUGGCCCUGGUUAAAGUUCCUUAGCUAUAUCCAACACGGAUAGAUUUCAUUGCAACAUUACAAACUGCUCUAUUGUAUCCCUUUACACAUAGCCGACCGUUUUGGCGUUGUAAACAACACUGAAUGUUUUGUCUCCAGAUCGAAAUCAAGUCGAUUAUAAAACUCAAGGAUAAAAAGCGUGUGAAGACUCAAGGAUAAAAAGUCGUGCGGAUUUCCUGUGAUUGGUGACCGGGUGUUGAGAUUUUGUGGGAUGCGGUGUUUUGACGUGAGUGCUGGGAAAGAAAAGACACACCGAAACGGGGCUUUCAUUAUAAAUGAAUUACAGAACUCUUUCUUUUUGCUGAUUGGAGAAAUAAUAGCGGCGAGAAGUCUUGAAGUCUUUCUCGUGACGUCUAGUGCAGUCGGUAACGGGCUAUUUUGAUCACCAGGACUGUGGAGGGGAAUCAUCCCGCCAGGACCCUGAACUCGGGACGCGCCACCCGCUCCGGCCCCGGCGCCUUAAAGCGGGCGGUGAGGAAGAAGAUUGCCCUGAAGGGAUGGCCUGGAGGAUCCUCUCGGCCCCAGGGAGCUGCGCUAUUUAGUGAAGGGCGGGUUCGGAUCGAGCAGAAGGCGGGUGACGGCUCGAUGAUGGCUAGCCGGAGCGAGGAGAUAACCGAUCUGAUCUAUGUGUUCUCUAAGAGUCAGUACAGAGCGAAGGAGGUCACCCCGUCGGUAGAGAGAAUAGAGAAGCGCUGUUUGGAGCUGUUUGGCCGGGACUACAAGUACAGUAUCAUCCACAACACCAAUGGGGACGUGUGUGGUCACUACCCACGGAAGAUUGUGUUUCUGGAAUAUGAAUCUUCAGACAACCAUAAAGAGAGCUUUGAGAGUACAGUGCAGAUCAGUAGGUUGCAGGAUCUGGUGAACCGCAGUAAGAUGGCUCGCUGUAGAGGGAGAUUUGUCUGUCCAGUCAUACUCUACAAUGGAAAGCAUGUGUGUCGAUCAUCUACACUAGCAGGUUGGGGCGAACUUUAUGGACGCACUGGAUACAACUACAUUUUCUCAGGGGGUUCAGAUGACACCUUUGGUGAUGCUGAAGAGGUUCUGGAGGAUGACUGUGCAGUUCGGAAUAAUGAUUCACAGUUGUUUGAUAAGGUUAGGGGCUCUGACAUUAAGCUGUUGAAGUAUUUGUCUGUACGCUACAUCUGUGACCUCAUGGUAGAGAAUAAGAAGGUCAAGUUUGGCCUCAAUGUGACUUCCUCAGAAAAGGUGGACAAGGCCCAACGCUAUGCUGACUUCACCCUACUCUCUGUGCCUUAUCCAGGAUGUGAAUUCUUCAGGGAAUAUAAAGACAGAGAUUACACAGCAGAAGGGCUUGUCUUCAACUGGAAUCAGGACUAUGUGGAUGCUCCUCUGACAAUCCCUGCUUGCUUUACAAAAAACCUUAACAUCAACUGGAGUGAAUAUCAGUCAUGGGACCUGGUGCAGCAGACUCAGAACUAUCUGAAACUGCUUCUACACAUCAUCAACUCUGAUGAUGAGAACGGUUUACUGGUGCACUGUAUAUCAGGCUGGGACAGGACACCUCUCUUUGUGUCUCUGCUCAGACUUUCUUUGUGGGCGGACGGUGCCAUUCAUGCCAGUCUGGAGCCGUCCGAGAUCCUUUACCUGACUAUAGCAUAUGACUGGUUUCUUUUUGGUCACAUGCUGCCUGAUCGGCUCUCUAAGGGGGAGGAGAUUUUCUUUUUCUGCUUCAAUUUUCUGAAGCAUAUUGUUUGUGACACAUUUUCAGUCAUAAAAAAACAAAGAAGAAAAAAUUCUCAAUUCAAAGAUGCUGACUUCACAGUCGAUGACCUCUGCCAGUUAAAGCCCAGAGAUCGGGGUAGUGUGACAAGUUUGAGUAGUGAUUUCUCUCUCAUCACAGAAGAUACAUCUGCUCCCUCCAGUCUACUUGCAGAAGCUACAGACCUGAUUACCACUGGACCACAGGCUUCUAAUGGUGUUUAUCACAGGAGGAAAGGCAUGCCAUUGUCUUCUCAUUCUGGGCAUUGGAACCGACCGAUCACUUCUGAGGAGCGAGCACCUAAUGUAAUGACUGAGGCCAGUCCUCUGGGGUCCUUUAAGUCCUCAAGCUCUUCCUCAUCCAACCACUCAGAUCAAAAUGUUACACGGACAGGAAGCACCCCGUUAGCUGUACCAGGAAGGAGGCCCGUGGUGGAAUAUGCUCGGUCAGGCUCCUCGCUGUCCACAGAUUAUGGCAGUUGGCAGAUUGUGUCAGGAUGUGGGAGCAUCCAUGAUCUUCCCCCAGUGCCCUCUGAGUCUCCACUUCCAUUCAGCUUCCAGGAUGAGGGUCCCAGCGGACGAAUGUGUACAUUUGUACCUGAAAGGCAAGUGAGGUUGGAGGCAGUGAGGGAGCUGUUCCUUGCAGCUUACAGCUCUACAGUAGGACUCAAGUCAUCGGCUCCAAGCCCUUCUGGUGCCAUCUCAGGCCUGCUGGAGCAGUUUGCCCGUGGGGUCGGCCUUCGUGGCACUAAUGCCAUUAUCUGAGCCUUCCAUUGUUGUGCCCAUAAAUUUCACUCAACUUACACACCCUCAGGACUUUUCAUGUCAUCUUUUUUUUUCUCCUCCGCAUCUUGAUGUGGCACCAUAUCUACCACAUCAGGAGUACCUAAUUUAUUGGUGAAACUUUACAGUGUAUUCUUUCAUCCCCUCUUCCAUCUCUUAGCCUCCAGCAGCUCCUCUCUUCUCACCCUUAUUCUCUGCUCUCACUUAUUCCAGUGCAAUCCUCUAACUGCAGAAAGGAAAGUGCCAAAUCUAAAUACAGGGCUACAUUAAACAGUUUUUUCUUUUACUUUUUGUUCUCUACAGACCAAAUAAUACAGUAUGUCCAUUUGUUUUCUAAUUUAGAUUUUAAUUUGAGCUGUUUAUCGUCUUACUUUUUUGUGUGUUGCACAUUUGUACUGUAAUAGGGAAAAACAGAGAGGGGCAGAAAAGGGAAAAUUAUCUCAUAAAUUAAAAAUGCUUAAAAUUAUACUUCUUGGGACAAAAAGGUAAUUGUAAUUGAGAAAGAAUGAUUUAUUCACCCAUUUUAAGUGACUUGUUUUAUUUUAGUUGCUGACUGUCUUAUACACUUAAAAGACAUUUCUCAUGAAAUUCUUGUUAUUGACUGCUUUUUAGACCUUCAGGAUUUGAACCAAGCCUAAAGACAGUCGGUUCUUUAGUGGUAGUUUUAGAAAUGGCAACAGUUUGGGCAGUGGUAAUGUAAGACAAUGUCAAUGUUCUUUUAAUUAACACAUUUUUUGAAUCAUUUAAUGAGUGUGUUAUGAAUUUAAUUCAUUUUUGUUGUCUCUUGAUUGUUUUUUUAACUGUAUCAUUCAAGUACGCAACAUUGUAAAGAUUAAUUUAAUCAGAGCUAAUCUAUACAGAGCAGCAGUUCAUGUCCUGCACUUACUUUUUCUUAAGUCGUUAUUGUUAUUAGACAAAACUUUUUUUUUCUUGUGAAUGAUUUGGGGUAAAUACCUCAAAAUAACUGAUUUGCCUUGGCAGUAGAUAUUGAUGAAUGGCUAUAAGAUUGCACUUGAAUACAAGGAUUGAAAACAUGGAAUUUGUAGUAUUUUGGACAUAAAACCAUGGUGGCCUCUACACCUCAGGGCCUUUUACUGUGCCUUUUGUUCUUAUGGAGAUACAAUUCUGUUUUCAUGCACAGCUGUAUUAUCUUGCUUUUAGAUUUAAAACCAUGCCUUGAUAUGUAUCCGUUUCUCUUUUUGUUCGUUUAUGACAGAAACAACAUCCUUGUGUACUGUAGCAGCUUCUGGUGUUGGGCAAAAUUCAGGCUUAAAUUGUUGAAGACUAUA